AUGGUAACUUGAGUAUCGCAGUAUCGUGAUACUGGUAUCUCAACAACCCUAGCCUAGAACAGUGAUCACAAAUGGUCCCUCCUUCCCUCAUCCAUCCCUCUCUGUCCCCUCCUCCUGCUCUCUCCUCAUUCCUCCUUUUCUCUCACAGGACCUGGUGGAGCGGGCGCGGCGGCUGCAGGUGGAGCGUGAGAGCCUCGGGUCCAAGAUGGAGGCUGAGAAGCACGUGAUGCGGGCUCAGCUGCGUGACCUCUUGGAGAAGCAUCAGGGCGAGCUGCGCCGUGCCGCCGAGUUCCACGAGGCCCAGCUGGCCGAACGGGAGCAGGCACUUCGCGGGCAGCUACAGGAGGAGCUGGGAAGGACCCCUGCUGCUCUGCAGUCCCAGACGCAAGCAGGGAGUGGCGGGGAGGCGGUGGCCGGAGAAACGCCGCCGGUGGAUUCUCCAGCCACUGUCCAGAGGAUGAACGAGCUGGAAGGUAGGUAGUCGGUAUAGAUGUGGACAGAUGCACACAUUCUACUGACUACAGGAUGGUUAUAUAAUGUUAAUGGGCUUCCUGGGAUGUUAAGCUCUUUUUCAGGUCUUGUGAAGAUCUGAUGAUCUGCUUUUCUCCUGUUACUCUCCUCUCUCUCUGUCCUCUCUCUCUCUCUCCUCUCUCCUCCCUUCCUUUCUCGUCUCUCACAGCACAAGCCAAGCUGAAAUCGGAGGAGGCCAGUCAAUCGGAAGCCAAGUUCCUAAAGGUGAAAGCCUGGUCCAAGUCUCGUAUCCGACAGCUGGAGGACGAGCUGAGGAAAAGCCAGGUAAGAGAUUCAGUUAUAUCUAGCAAACUAACUGGAACAUUUUAAAUAGGCGGAAUGAGUCAAUUAUAAUCUGCAGCGUGAUCAAUGUUGUAACUUUUCUGUAACAAUGGUCUGUGAGAAGAGGGCAAUUAUUUUAAUUCAGAGCUCCCAUCUAUUUAGACUUCUACGAUUAGUAUGAUCAGAGGGAUCUUUGGGAGAGGGAAAAUGUUGCCAUGAAUGUAUGUCGUACACCUUUAGUCUCAUUCAACAACCAGACAUGUUGCGCUGAGCUUUCCUCGACCUCUGAACUUUGUCCCUCCUCCAGUCUGGCAGCGUGGGCCCUGACGUGACGUCCCUGCGGAGCCGCAUCACGGAUCUGGAGGAGGAGCGGGAGGAGACGCUGUGGAAGCUGGAGCAGUAUGACGAGAUCAAGGCCAAGAACGGUGAGGAGAGCCUUCAACUAUCAUCAAUCACCUGACUACAUUUAUCUGGACCAUGGUGCAAUGAACUUAUUGUGCUAGCUAGUUUUGUAAGUGUUAUCUUAUUGAGGACUUCCCCAGGGUGUUGUCACUUAUAACCAUUAAAAAUUUGUUAACUGAGUAUUUAGCAAACCCCCCUGGCUAGCAUUUAUGGAGAAUUUAGCAACGCUAGAAAAAUAAAUAAUUCAAAGUUAACUAUCCCUUUAACAAAAGGGGCUUACUACUGCAGAUGUUCUCUAUUUACAUGUACUGCAACUCAUCGUUGUGUAGUCUGGUGGUGAUUUACAAGAGGAUUGUAGACCCAUCUAAAUUAGUAACGGCUCCCCAUGUUUACAAGUGAUCUGUUUCAGUCUUGUACAUCUGUAUAUUGUUUUGGUCACUUGUGAGGUUUGAUCUUUGACAAUGUACCUUCAGCGUGUUAUUCAGGAUCUGCGUGAUCUUUGUCAAUGUACCUUCAGCGUGUUAUUCAGGAUCUGCGUGAUCUUUGUCAAUGUACCUUCAGCGUGUUAUUCAGGAUCUGUCUACAGUGUGUUCUGUCUCUAACGUCCUCUGUCCUCAUGUAGAUGUGCUGGAGGUGUUAACAUGUCCUCUGUUCUCAUGUAGAUGUGCUGGAGGUGGUUAACAUGUCCUCUGUCCUCAUGUAGAUGUGCUGGAGGUGGUUAACAUGUCCUCUGUCCUCAUGUAGAUGUGCUGGAGGUGGUUAACAUGUCCUAUGUCCUCAUGUAGAUGUCCUGGAGGUGGUUAACAUGUCCUCUGUCCUCAUGUAGAUGUGCUGGAGGCCAAGCUGGUGGUGUACGAGGAGCAGCAGAGGAAGAUGGCCGCCGACCUGGAGCAGGUCACCAAGAGGGCCGCCUCUCAGGUCAGACUUCAAACCCCACCAGCCGGCACCCCCAACAUGCACUACAACGAGGAAGUACCACCUACAUCGCGGCAUGCAGUGCAGUAGUGUUGUCUAGUCAUUGAUACUCAAUUUUGAGUAAAACAGUGAGGGGAAGAUGUGUUCAUCUAUAAAUGCAGACCUUGACUGUCACGCAGGCUUUCCGUUAACGAGUAAUAGCUGACUUUUGUCCCCCCAAAAAAUGGAAAGCCGAUAAAUAAAAUUGUCCAGGAGAAGAAAACUCCCAUUGCAAAAUAAGAAUUCCUAAAUUUCCAACAAAUAUUUUAAUCUCUGUCUUGUGAAACCGCUUGCAUGUGCGGUGCUCUUUUGACAGUGGUGUUUUCCUGCUAACUGCAUUAUGGAACAAACAUUAGUGUGUAGCCUACUGCCUUGUACACAUUGCUGCACUUAUAAUGUGAAGAAAUAAUAGUUGAUCAACAUUUUAAGCUAAACGUUCUGAUCUGUUGCAUCAGCCUCCAAACUGUCCCGGAGUCUGUUUGGAAUAGGCUGUUUCUUUCUCGCACAGAACGACAAGCUGACCAAUACAAUAGGUCAACCUUUUUACUAUGGGGGAUAGUAGAUUGACAUAGGCUAGUGAUUUUGCUGUUCGUUACUUGUCUUGUUGACUGAGGAAAAGUAAAUGUGGACAGUUAUUCUAACAUCUUCAAAGUGCACAUUGCAAUUCGGUAAUACAUCCUCGAGUUGCAUGUUCUGUUAAAAUUAAUUACCAUAAUCUAAAUUUGAUUUCUGUCAUUCUGAGCACUGGGGGUGGAUGCUCUAAUCAGGCUAUACACCCAAUGCAAAUGGGUCCGGUAAAUUAAAAUGCUGCCGGUCAAAUGUCCUGACGGAAACCCUGCUGGCACGGUACACCAAACACAUCAGACACAUCCAUCCUAUUGACAACUUCAUUUCUCUGAUGGAAAGCCACUUGUCCUCAGAUGAAAUCAAACACCACGUUCUCCCAUGUUGACUAAUCUCUGUCUGAGAAUAAGUGAACGCCCCCUGGCCCUUAUCUCUGGACCCAAUACUUACUCUACCCCCAAACCAAUAUCAUACUUUUCAUGUCUUUCUGAUCCCGUAUACACUAGGCCAGCGAGUCGGGCAGCGCCGACGACGCCCAGAGCCAGGUGCUGGACUGGCAGGAGAUGGUGUCGGAGGCUGUGACGACCAGGGACCGUGCCCGCGAGGAGAAGGCCACCAUGGCCCUGCGCAUGAGCCACAUGGAGGAGGAGAGAGAGGGUAAGGGCACCGCCACCGCUGGGGGGUGAUACACACACAGGGCGCACUGGCCCUACCACAGGGGGCUGACACACUGUGACACAACACACCACAGACACUAAACCUCACCUCAGACCGAAAUGCAACAGUUGUACCACCCAACAGCCGCCAAACCGCCUCCCUCCACGACACAUAGUACACAGCUACCACUCCGUCCAAACCUUUUGUUUAACACUGUCAAACAGCAUACAUCGCUUUCCCAAUUCUAGAGACAAGUUAUCUGUUAAAGUUCAACAUGUCUUCUGUUGUUGUUAUUGUUUGAGAGCCCCUCACUGUCCGACUGAGCAUGUUUAUUUUUUGUUUCAUUUUUUUUCCUCCAACCAUCUGUCCCCGGCGAGCUUUUUGGUCUGGUCCUGCCCCCCCACCCCUCCCACCAUGUCCUGCCCCCCACCCCCCUCCUCCUCCACUCCCUGCUCCUGGGAUGGGGGCAGCCAACGAGAACCUGUUUCCCAUCAGUUUUGUGCAUGCAGGCCCCUCCCCCCUCAGCGAAGGCCUGCCCCCACUGUACUGUCCUCAGUUUCCCAGGAUCCUUUUCACCUCCUCCGGGGUAAAUUGGGGGCAGUACAGUGGAGGCCUGUGCUUUUCAUUAGUCCAGCCAUCCUUCUCCUCCAUGUAGUGUUUCUUUCUUUCUGUAUCUACCUCUCUUUUUCCGUUUCCUUUCCUCCCACUUUCCCCUCCCUCUCUCCUUCCUUCCGUCUCUCCCUCCCCCAACUUUCCCUGACCCUUCGGACUCCUUUAUGACUUCACAAUGACGCUGUCCUUGAACAACUGAUCUGCAAAACAUAUUAACACAACAAAAUGACAAGGCUUCUAUGGUGGUGGGAAGGCUAACGCUAACACUGGAAUUAGGACUGAGGACGGCGCUUAUCUGGAAAAAAUCAAUAAACCAAUGAUACUGACUGUAAAUCGCUCUGGAUAAGAGCGUCUGCUAAAUGACUAAAAAUGUAAAUGUAAAUCUUCUUUAUAAAAAAGAAAUUAACCAAUGAUCUUGUUUAUAAAGAAGAAAUAAACCAAUCAAAAGAGCCCAAGAGGACUCUCCUCUAAUAGAAUAAUGAAAUAUCCUUAUUGUUUAAUCUAUAGAAAAAUGAGGCUGUAUCUAAACCACUAAUAACACUAAAGUGAAAAUUCUAGGCUACAGUUGUGAUGUCAUUGUGUGCAUAGUUACUUGACAGAUGAUGUUGACAGUGGACUGGAAUUAUAUAAUAUACUGACAUAAUAGCUUGAGGGAGCUUUAGGUGUUCUCCUAACAAACACACAAACACACACAUGCAUGCACGCUCUCACACUGCAAGUGGUGCUGUUUUUCAACGCUUUCGUCCUCUCCAAUCAUCUAUCCAUCUUUACUAACGCUUGCUAACCUCAUUGCUGUCAUUUGCCUUUGUAACACUGCCACCAUUGCUGCUUUUAGUUGUUGAAGUAGCUAACUGUUGCAAUAUCUGAUUGGUGCAUUCCUACUCAAACUUGGUUUCCGGAGCUCAUCUUAACAUCUAAACAACAACUGGCUGUCAAUUUAAAUAUUGUCAUGUCCAUUCAAUGAUUGCUCAUCACUUAAUAAAUUAUAUGGAGUCAAUGCCAUAUCAGUUCGUUCAAGGAGAUUCAUCGGAAUUCCAAUUCAAAAUGACAAUUUUGAUUUUGCUUGGCUACAUUGAUCACUUUGCACUAUCACAUCUGCAAUCCUUACCCAAUGAAACCCUUUUCUCUGUCACCCAAUGAAACCCUUCUCUCUGUCACCAAAUGAAACCCUUCUCUCUGUCACCCAAUGAAACCCUUUUCUCUGUUGUCACUCUCUGCUUUUAGCUAGACCUCCCCCACCACUCCUCCUAUCUACCUCAUAUCACAAAACAGAUGGGAAUGAGUUUUGUGCACAUUGUUGGCCCUGAUUGAUCAAUUUGACAUACAUGUGAUUGCUGCCCCCUCCCCUUCCCCUUGAUGGUCCAAUUGCUGACUAGUGACCACUGAUAAUAAAAAAUGUAGUGACCUCUGAUCACGGUCCAAUCACAAUGUGGGCAGCUUUCAGUCAAAAUGGCUGUGACCUCCCUGCUUUCCAGUAUGCCAAAUCACCAAAAUGGCUGUGACCUCCCUGCUUUCCAGUAUGCCAAAUCACCAAAAUGUUGCUGCAGUACAGUCUCCUUGAGCCGUAAAGACAGUCGCACCAACGUCAGACGCCCCGGCCCGCCCCCCUUCCGUCCUCCUCGUGUUUGGUUGCAGCCUGUCUCCCUCCCUGUUAGUUGUGCAUGGCUUUGACCAGAAACGCUGCUUUCAGGAAAAUCAUCACACACACACACACACACACACACACACACACGUAUGUAAAGAACACACGCUCCCAGGAGUCUGGAGUGCCUCUAGCUCCCGUUCUCUCUUCUAUGUGGAGUGAGGCUGCACGUUUGCUUGUGUGCAAUGCUGCUGUUGUUUGUUCAUCCGUUGGGUGAGCAUGCUCUUUUGCAGUCUUUCCCUCUUGUCUCGCCCUCUCUCUCACACUUCUCUCCCUAUCCAUUCUCUCUGUCUCAUUCCCUCCAUUCCCUGUGUCAUCUGUCUUUCUUCAACCACCCUCUCUCUCCCUCUCCCUCUCCCUCCCCACCCACCCCCAUCCUGUAAUGCAUCUCUGUGGGUUCAACUCUGUAACCCAUCAACACACCCCUUCAUCGUUCCCUCCCCUUCCCUGUGGCACAAAACUGAUUGAGGAUGACUGGUUCUUUCCCGGCUGCUCCGAUCCAGCGCUGGCCAGCCGGCAGCAGGAGUUGGAGGAGGAGCUGGUGCAGGCCCGGGGACUCACAGGGCUACAUAGGGGUGGCAAGAAGCUGGGAGGCACCGCCCACCAACACAGCCUGCAGGUACGGAGUAAGAUGGGGGAGAAUGAAUGAUGGAGGGGGGAGGGGGGACGGGAGGUGGCAAGAUGGGUGAGUGAGUUGGUAGAAGGAGGGGGGGUGUGAGGGUGAGUUCACAGCUGGGAAUUGCUACCUGGGAAGGAAUAAGGUAGCAAUAGUAAUAAUUUGGUGGGUGCUUAUAUGUGUCAUAUUUCAAGUACAAGUGUGUAUUAAUACGCAUGUGUGGAAUUUUUGCAUAUCCCAACCCUCCGGAGACACCCUCUGAGAGUGUGGUCACAUGGUCACGGCCAGCAAGGAUGGCUGUAGAUGAUCAGUAUACCAACAAGAUGUGGGAGAUAAAAUGUUACUGUAGUUCUGUUUGACGUGAGAUUUGUACGCUAUCCUCUGUAACAUCCCAGACAAAAUGUACUUCAGUCACUAGACUAGAAUGAGUAUUGUCACCCCACCCCCAUGCAGGAGGACUUUGAGUUUGAUGGCAAGCAGGCGUUCCACCAGGACCCGCGCAGUGGCGGAUCUGAGAGCACCACCCCGAUGGAGGAGGAGGGGGAGAACAUGGGAGGUUGGUGGCCUGAGUACACUUCCCCCAACACAGGUGUGAGACCCGCUAGACAGUUUACGCUAGCAUGCACGUUGUCGCCUUUGUGUAUUUUUCACCCACCACCAUUUUGGGAGCUUGAGAUGUUGUCAUUUGGGUUGACUUUUUUUGUCGUUUUGUCAACGUAGGCCUAACACUCUGCCGUUUUGGUGUUUUAAAUGUGGUUUUUUUUUCUCUCCAGUCUAACACAUUCAACCCCAGAGUGGAUACAUUCCCUAUGGUUGACUCAUCUGUGGGUUUUUGUGUUAUCUCAUCACAAGUUGAGGUGCUUAUUAUUUGAACAUGUGCAUGCUGGUUGAACUGGCUAGUAUUUGGCUCGCUACGAUGUUGGUCCAUGUCGAAUGCAUUGAACUCUUGUCAGUUCAUAUGAAUGUAGGUGGAGAGUUUCCCCCGUCCGUGGUAAGUGUUUGGCUUUUUUGCUGUUUUGCCCUGUCUGUUCUUUUUCCCCCUCUCAUCUCUCCUUGUGUUUGACACAUUCACUGUGUUGAAAUGUUAAUGGUUUUUAAUGGGACAAAACAAAAAAAAUGUACGUCCAAAAACCAUUGAUCUUGCAUGGGGCAAGUAGUAGGCCAACUACCCUAAACAUUGUAAUCCAUCACAACAAUAUGUUUGCAUGGAAAUGUUUCAAUUGUGACUGAAUAAAGUGCAGUUUCUAUGAUUACAAUUUGCCUCCAUUUUCGCUAAUUAUUGUUUUGAUGAUGAUGAUAAUGGAUAACUACCAGAUUUCUCAACCACUGAGUUGAUCGUCUCUUUCUUGUCGAUACGACUGCCCUUGCAGGUGGCCUGCGGUCGGUAGUGGAGGAGUUGGAGCUGGAGAGGAACCAGCUGCAGGAGCAGAUCCUUGGGCUGGAGGACCGCUGUCAGGACCUGGAGGACCGGCUGCAGCUGCAGGCUCGCAUCCAGUCGCUACAGGUAAACUCUCACGUCUCACAGACCUGGUUGGACCCUCAUAUCUCACACCUUGGAGAGCUAUCAGACCCACAUGCACCUUGCAGAAUGACACACUGUACCAAGAUAGCCUCCAUAAAGACACUUAAGGCAGGGGUUGUAAACAUUUCUUUCACUCAGGCCCCCACUUCCAGCAUUGGGGAACAUCCCACACCCCACGCCUGUUUCUAUGAGCAGAAGCACUGUUCAUGACACAAACUGUUCAAACAGCUCUUGUUGGCAGAGCGAACAUUUUGCAGGUUUAAAUCUUAUUUCCUGCAAUUCUACACAUUUUGGCACCCCACAGUUUAGGAACCACUGACUUAAGGGACCAUUCUUACUCCCCUCUCACACUUCCAUACCACUCACCAUAGAUGACCCGCUCAUACCCUCCUAUACCUCCUGGUCUGUUAAUAAAAAGAAACACACAAAACACAAACACAACUGACUUUGGGUUUUACUUACCUGUGCCAGUUCCUGAGGUAGUGGAAAUCUAACCCAGUAUAUUGUAACUUUGUCAGCUGCUCCCAUUAUUAAUAUUUUGCAUCUUAUAAGUUCUCCUUUGUGUUUGGGAGUUUGUUUUGCCUUUGCUUUUGGAUUGACUAUUUACUGAAUUAAUUUGUACUAUUCAGUUAAUUGCAUGUUUCCUCCCGAGGACUAGGAUUUUGUAACAAACCCCUCUAACACAGGUGACGUUUGAUGUAGAUGAAGAAAGGCGGCCAUUUUGGGUUUCUCAGGUGUGUUAGUGUUUGUGUGCGCUAGAGAGAACACCUCCGGCGGUGAAGGCUAAUCCUUUGGCUUGUUUGUUUUGGAAACCCACUGUCCUGUGUUCACGGCUUGUGAGCAGUCUUCUAAUAAGCGAGUGCUAUGUUGAGGAUAUUUUGGCCACCAAUUCACUGGGUGUGGAGAACAAACUCACAUGGAUGGUUAAUUGUUCAACCAUCAUAAAAGGAGCAUACAAAAGUAUAUAACAAUUCUAAUCAGGCCAAGUUCAAAGCAUUUUUCACCCUAAGAAAGUCAAGAGAGAUAAUAGAAAUGAUACUAAGCCAAAAUGUCCUGUGAAAGCUGAAAUGUGUUCCUUUUAUGCUGUGUUGUUUGGACUAAACCUAAGACUGUGCAUAGAAGAAAGGGAGUACAACUAUUUUGGUGCAAUAUGUGUGCAGUGAGAUGGUGAGCUUCCUACCGGCUUUACUCUGAGCUUUUCUCCAAACCAUGUUAAACCUUCCCACUCCUGCCCCUCCCCACAGAACGAGUCCGAGAGACUACAGGGUCAACUGGCCAGCCUCCGGAGCCAGCAGAGCAGGGAUGCAGAGAAACACCAGCUCCUGGUCACCAGCCUCAACGAGCAGCUCAAAGGGUAAGCCCACACAAUUCAUCCUCAAUCAAUGUGCUAAACCAAGAAAGGUCACGGGUCACACAAAUAACUAGUAAACCGGUUCAUUUCCCAAAUGUAUAUCCAGAGCGCGGUACUCAUUUAAGGGUAAAAGGAUUGUAAGGUUUUUGUACUGAAUAGUCCAACUCCAUGCAGUUAACAUUUUACAUUUUAGUCAUUCAGCAGACGCUCUUAUCCAGAGCGACUUACAGUUAGUGGGUGCAUACAUUUUUCAUACUGCAGUCAUAUGCAAGUUAUUAAUAAACAAAUACCAUCAAGCAUGGGUAAAGUUGUACACUGAUGAUCAUGUGUUUGUGCUAUUGUUGGAGAAUGUAAGAUUAUCACCAUGUCCUCAUUUGUAACCUUUAAACUUCAACUUUCUCUUUGAUGCCUUUUUAGACUGAGCGACACCCAAGAGUGCCUGGAAACGUCGCUUAUAGAGAAGGAGAACACAUUAGUCAAGACCUCUGAGAAACUGGAGCUCAUCGACAGCCUCCGAGAUUCUCUCAAGGAAAAGGAGGCGAAGCACAAAGAGGUCUCUGACAAGCUGCUUCAGUCUGAGGACAAUGUAAGGACAGUAGCCUGUUUUGGCGGUCAAUUAAUAGUCAAAUCUGUUUUAUAGUAAGUCAUUAAUAUGACACCUUUUCAUCUUUCAGCUCACUGAAGUUUCCACAAAAUGCAAUACCUUUGAAAAACAGUGUUCAGAACUGAAGACAGCGGUUGCAGAUCUCACACAUAAGCUGAGUGUGCUUAAAGAGAAGGUAAGGUUUUCAGGAUAUGACUACCAUGGCCUACUUACUGUGAUGAAAUAUAAAUAAAUAUUAAUUGGAAUUGAGGUUAGAAUUUUUGCAGAUAAGAGAUGUCUUCUGGUUUAGCUCCAAUUUUAAUAGUUUAGGCAAACUAUUACCUUCACACUCAUUAAAUAGCAAUGAUAUUGACAGUACUGUAGAAUAUUUCUGCCUCCAGUAACAUAUUUGUAUUUCUUCCAAAUCUGUAGACACAGAAACAAGAGGCCACAAUAGAGACUCUUCAAAACGACCUGGAUCAGACGAACGAUGAACUGGACAAGUUGAACACCACACAUCUGGAAGAAAGGGCUAAGCUGAUCCACGACCUUCAGAGCUGCGAACGGGAGAUCGAUAACCUCAGAGACGUCCUCUCAGACAAGGACAAGGAGAUCUUAGCCCUUUCGGGCAACAUGGCAGAGCACGCAGAGCAGAUCAUGGUGCUGAAGCAGGAGAUCAAGCUCAAGGAGGAGGACCUGGUUCGCAUCGAGAACCGCCCUCACCAAAUCGGAGCGGGAGGCACAGAUCAUCAGAGACUCUCAGAACUCGGACCAGCAGGCUCUGAACAACAGGAUGGCAGAGCUGGUGGAACAUCUGAAGGAUGCAGAGACUGAGCUGAGCAAGGCCAAAGAGGAGAAGGAUUCGGGGACAGUAGAGGUGGAGGACCUGAGGAAGCAAGUGGAAGAGGACAAGCGGACCAUCCUGGAACUUCGCGGGGAGAUCCAGAAGCAGAACGUGGGCCAUCGUAAUCAUCUCUUGGAGUGCGAAACUCAGAUCUCUUCACUAAAGGAGCAGGUGACUGUUGCUUCCCAGAAACUACAGGAGUCCGAGGGUCUUGUCUCUCAGUUGAGGGAAGUAAGUACAUCCAGCGAGACACUGAAAGACCAGCUCCAGGAUAAGGAGCAGACAUAUGAGAAAGAACUCAAAUCCGUCAAGGAGGAACGGAACAAGCUUCUCGCAGAGGUGGCCAAACACAACGAUGACCUUAAGACCCUGUCCAAACAGCUAGAGAAGCAGACAGAGUGUCAGGAACAGUUGAAAACAGAGGUGCAACAUAAACUGGAGACAAUAUCCUCUCUUGAGGAAAAACUCAGGGCCAUCCAGGAAGAGGCCGAAGUCGAGCAACGGAAAUUUAACACGGAACUGCAAGCCAGAGAUUCUGAAAAGGAGAAGUUGGCGAAAGACCUGCAGGUUAAAUUGGAAAAUAUCUCGAAUAUGAAGAAGCUCUUGAAAAACAUGAAGACUGAAAAACAACAACUGCAAGCUGACCUGAAGGAGAAGGCCGAUGAACUUAAGUCUCAAAAGCAGCUUGUCGAUGAGCUUAAUAAAAAAUGUACGGCAGCUCUUGAUCUUAACAGCAGUUUGAACUCUCAAGCAAAUGGCUUCAGAGAGGAGAAUCAGAGAUUGCAACAGGAUGUAGCUGGAAAGGAGAAAUCCAUUUCAGAGAUGACAGAUGAAAGGGAUUCUCUGAGAAGCAAAGUCUCUUCCUUCGAAACACAGCAUUCUGAAAACGGCAAACUAAUUGAAGGGCUUCUGAAAGACAAGGAGGAGCUGGUUAUUAGAGCCAAUGAACUGAACAAGGUCCUGGAGCAAAAUAAACAGUCAAUUUCCGAGAGUCUAUUUGAGAAAACAAAUGAAUGUAGUCUUCUAACUAAAACACUUGAGGAAAAGGAGGAGGCAGUUGCACGUUUACAGGCACACAUUGACAGUUUGAACACUCAGGUGGAGCAGUUCCACCAAAGCAUGGCUGAAAAAGAGAAGUCUGUCACAGAUCAGAACUCACAAAUAGAGGCACAGCAGAGCCAGCUGUUGCAACUCCAGGAGACAAUGUCUUUACUGCAGGAGCAGGAGACUGCCCUGAAAGCUGGGCUCACUGAGAAAGACACCGUGUUGCAGCAGAAAUCGGAGGAGUGCAGCUCUUUACAGAAUAAACUUGGGCAGCAGAAAAAGCUUCUAUCCAAGCUGCAGGGUGAGACUAAAUCACUUAAAGGGCAAUGCUCACAUCUGACUCAGCGUCUGGAAGAAAAAGAAGAGACCUUCAGACAAAUGACACAGGACUGUGAAAACCACAAAGACGAGCUGAACAAGAGGAACGAGUCAUUGAAGUCACUAAGCAGUCAGCUUGGUGUCAUGAACGAGAGCAGUGCGAAGUUGGAGUCUGAAAAUACAGAGCUGAAGACCAUUCUGGAGAACCAUGGAGCAGAAAACAACAAGCUAAGGGAAGAGAUGGAACAGAGGCAAGCUGAGUUGGUUGGCCUCCACAGUCACAUCCAGGCACUGAGUGAGCAAAACCAACAACUCCGAGCUGUUUAUGAGAUCAGAGAGAAGGAACUUGCCCAGCAAAUGCAGGUCGCAUCUGAGCUUGAUAGAAGGGUAAAUGUGACUGUUGAGCAGAACACAAACCUGAGCUCACAACUGAAAAGUAUGACAGAGGAGAAGCAGAAACUGCAACAGGAAUUAGCUGUACAGUCUGAGUCCAUUUCUGAAUUAACAAAGGAGAAGAACUCACUUCAAGAUAAACUUUCCAACUUUGAAAUGCAACAUUUAGAAAACUGCAAAAUUAUUAAAGGGCUAUUGAAAGACAAAAAUGAUCUCAGUGUAGCAGUAGAGGAACUCAACAAGGUCCUAGAGCAAGAUAAACAGACCGUUUCAGAGAGUUUGCUGGAGAAAACAAAUGAAUGUAGUAAUCUCACCAAGUUGCUUAGAGGGAGUGAAGAGGCACUUGCACGUUCACAAGAGCAAGUUGACAGCUUGAACACCCAACUUGAUCAACUGAACAACAACAUGACCGAAAAAGAGAAGGCUAUCAGAAAUCAAAACUCACAAUUACAGGCCCAGCAGAGCGAGUUGUCGCAACUCCAGGAGACAUUGGCUCUAUUAGAGGAGCAGGGGACCGCACUGAAAUCUGAGCUCACGGAGAAAGACACCAUGUUGCAGCAGAAAGCAGAGGAGUGGAGCUCUUUACAGAAUAAACUUAAUCAACUGCAGGGUGAGACUAAAUCACUUGAAGGGCAAUGCUCACAACUGACUCAGCGUCUGGAAGAAAAAGAACAGACCUUCAGACAAAUGACACAGGACUGUGAAAACCACAAAGACGAGCUGAACAAGAGGAACGAGUCAUUGAAGUCACUAAGCAGUCAGCUUGGUGUCAUGAACGAGAGCAGUGUGAAGUUGGAGUCUGAAAAUACAGAGCUGAAGACCAUUCUCGAUAACUACGCAGCAGAUGGCAACAAGCUGAGGCAGCAGAUGGAACAGAGGCAAGCUGAGGUAUUAGAUCUUAGGGACAACAUCCAAGCGUUGAACGAACAGAAUGUCAGACUAAAAGCUGAACUCAAAAACUCUGUCACAGAGGCAUCCAAGACACUUGAAGAGAUUUCAGUUCUCAAAGCAGAGAUCUCUAACAGGGACAGUUAUGUGUCUAAUUUAACAAAGCAACUGACAGCAGCCUGCUCAGACAGGGAUAGCAUAGGUUUGACCUUGCAGCAGAGAGAUGAGUCCCUAAAACAGCAGGAGAUGUUUAUUAAGCAGUUACAAGCUAAGUCAAUAGAGGGUGAGGGUCAGAUGACCCAGGACAUCACUGAGCUGCAGACACAAGCUCAGAGUCUUCAGAAAAGCCUUCAAGACAAAGAUGUAUCGCUGCAUGAGGCAGAGAAACGGCUGAGUCUGCUCAGAAAGAAGUUCACCUUAGAAUCUGAGGAUUUCAAAACCCAGCUGAAUUCAAAUGUUGGAAACCAUGAAACAGCUUCAGGGCGAUCUACGUAAUGCGGAGGAACAGAGUAACCAGCUCAGUGGGAGGCUUGAAGAACAAGAGGCACAGCUUAAGCAGAAGGUUGAUGAUUAUGUGAGUUUAAGGACAUAUGUUUCAGAGCUGGAGGAUUCCACCACGCAGCUCAGAGGUCAAGUUGACAGCCUGACCUCUGAGUCCUCCCUGUUAAAAGAGACCCUGAAAGAGAAAGCCCAGGUCAUCCUUGAGGCCCAAAGCACCUCCUCAGCUGUUAGCGAAAGCCUAAAUUCAAAACUCAAAGCCAAAGAUGCAGAAUGUGAGAGCUUAAAAGAGCAGCUUUCGCACCUCAAAGAGUCUGUUUCAAAGCUCAAUAGUAGCCUCAGUGCCCAGUCCUCUGAAAUGUCAAGACUUCAAGAAGCCUUAGACGAAAGAGGGACUGCCGUUAUGGACCAGUCAAAGGCCCUUCAGGAGCUGCAGAGAAGGGCAGAUGAAGCAGCCCUCUUCAAAACCCAGUUCAUGGAGAGCACGGAGUUGGUGUCACAACUGCAGGGUCAGAUUCAGGAACUCUCCACUAAGUCUGCAAGCCUCAGCCAGUCAGCCGAGGAGAACCAAAGUGCCUUUGUAAAUCUUCAGGAGAAGUAUGCUGCUCAUUUAGAGGAGCUCCAGGAAGCUCGGACGAUGCUUUCUCAAAGGGCAGAGGAGAUGUCCAGUCUUAAUAAGGCCCUCAGUAACAGCAACGGGGCAGUUCAGGCAGCAGAAAGCACCAUAGAGGCGCUGAGGAAUGAGUCUUCCUUGCUGCGUCAAGACCUUCAGCAAAUCCAAACACUCAAUGUCGACCUUUCAAAACAAAAGGAAGAUGCCCUUGCUACCCAUCAAAGGAGCACCUCAACAUUCACUGUCGAAAUUGAGAGACUCAAAUCUCAGUAUUUGCAUGUGGCUGCUCAGGUAAAUGCACUGACAGAGAAUCUUGAGCAGAGAGAGUUGUCCCUUCAUGCCAUUAACAGUCAGUACACAGCCCAGGUGAAACAGGCAGAGCACGUAGUGUCAGAAAUGCAGAAACUAGAAGAUCAAAAUAAGAAGUUAAGAGAGGAGAUCGCUCUGUCAAAGCAAGAAAACCAACAGCGGCUGGAUGCAGCAAUCAGUGAAAGAGAAUGUCUGCAACAAGAAGUUCAGAAACUCAUCAUUGAGAGAGAUGAACAUGGCAGGAGCUACAGCAGCCAGAUACAAACAAUGCAGGAGCAGUUGCAUUUCCAAAAGCAGCAGCAGUCUAGCAGCAUCAACGAAGUCAUGGAGAAAAUGGUGGCUGAGAAGGAAAGACUACAGGUUGAGGUUAGUGUCAAAGGUGAAGAAAUCACCGGAUUGAAAUCAGACAUUCAAAAGAUAGGGCAAACUCUUCAGGACUCUGAGAAGGAGUGGCUAUCGGUCCUGGAUAGAGAGACACAGGAUAAAAAUCUCAUUGCGGAGCAGUUGAAAAGUGUUGAAAAUGUAAUGAAGUCAAAAGAUUUUAAAGUUCAAGCAUUGAAACAAGACCUAGAUAGUUUGCAUGAAAAGUUGGCAGAGGCAACAACAGCAAUUAGACAGGGUUCAGAUCAGCUAAAAGCGAAAGAGGUAGAGGCAUCCGCAUCCAGGGUUCAGAUUGAAAAUAUCUUAGUAUCUGUUCAGGAAAAAGACAAGCAUAAUAUUGAAUUGAGGCAGGCUCUUCAAGAUCUGGAAAGUGAGUUAAGACAACUGGAGGUCAGCAAAGAGUGUUCUGACAAAGAUUUAUCUGUAUUGUCACUAACCAUGUCUGAUAGAUUAGUUGCUUUAGAGGAAGAAAAGGCCUCCCUACAGACUAUGAUCAAACAGUUGAGAGAAAGACAUCAGUGUGAGGUAGAUUCUUUGAGAGGUGAAUUAAAUCAAGUUUCAGAAUUGUUAAAACGGACAGAGUGUACCCUUAAUGAUAAAGAAAUGGGCUAUCAAGGUGAGAAUCAACAGAAUGUUUUAUUGCAAGAAAAGAUACAGCACCUUCAUGCACAGCUCCAAACUGAGACUGAGAUUCGGAGAGAGGCAGGUAUUAAACAGACAGCUCUAUUUAGUGAAAUCCAAACGAAAGAUGAGCAGGUCAGCUGCAUGACCAUCCAAAUAAGUCAGCAGAAGGAAUUGCUAGCAGGUCUCAGUCAACAGUUGAGGGAGAAAGAUGCUUCAGUAGCACAAGUAAUUGAAUCUGCCUCAAACGAAAGGAUGAAAUACGCUGAGGAAAAUAGUAAUUUUCUUUCACAGCUGGAAAGCUUGGAAAAUGCACAAAGUAGCUAUAUGAAACAGCUUGAAAAUAUUUCCUUGCAACUAGAAGAGAGCAAAGCUCAUCUGUCACGCUCUCAAAGUGAAAUUGAGACCAAGGAUUCAGAGAAUGGAGAUUUGGUUAAAGAAAAGGAUAAUCUCAAAACUCAGCUCGCUAAGUUAACCAAAGAGAAAGAGGUCAUGAAAAAGAAGCUCCAAGCUGCCCUGGUUGUAAGGAAAGAUCUAUUGAAGAAGCUAGAGGAGCAUGAACAUCAAAUAGAGCAGAAUGUGAAUAAAGGAAUUGAGAUUUCAGGCUUACAGGAUCGGUUGCAAGAACUCACUUUACAAGCUCAAGCUACUACAAAAGAGCACGAAGACAUUGUUGCAGAUAUUAAACGGCAAGUUCUUCAGAAAGAGGGUGAACUCCUAGAACUGGCCAAGGUCUUAUCAGUGCGAGACAGUCUUGUAGAACAAUUAGAAAUAAAUAUGCAAACUUUGCAAGCGAAACUAGAUGAACAAGAAGCAAGUUUGACAACAGCAUUGCAUAAUCUCAAUGAAAAGAGCAUCAUCAUUGAUCAACUUCAUUCCAACAUGUCAGAGAAAGAGGAGGCCUUUGAACAGGAGAGAAGUGGUAUGAUACUGAAGUUAGAGAAGCUUCAAGAUUAUAUGAAAAUGAGCGAGGAGAGUUGGAAGAAGGAAAUGUCAAUCUCCAGUGCUACAGCUGUUGACAUUGAAAACAAGUUGGCAAAGGUGAAGCAAGAAAAGGUAAUGAUGCAGAAAAAGGCUCAAGCUGCUUUACUGGCACGAAAAGAGACGAUAAAGAAGUCUCAAGAAAGUGAGAAAAAGUACACCCAAGAGCUCUCAGAUUUAAAAGAUUAUUAUAAAGCACUCCUGGAACAACACUGUCAGCAGACCAAUGACCUUAAUGCUGUCCAGUUAAGUUAUGACCAGAAGGUCAAGGAAUUCGAUGAAAUCAGUCAGUCCUCAGUCUCUCAGCUAGGUGAAUUGGAGACCCUGAGACUGCUUGUACAGGAACGGGAUAAAACUCUUCAAGACCUCAACAUGUCCCUAUCAGAGAGGGAGAGUCAAGCCUGUGCCUCCUCAUCAUAUCAAGCAGAGCUAGAAACCCUUCACUUCAAACUGGAAAGCAUGUCCUCUGAGUUGGCAAAUAAGGACAAAGCUCUCAUAGCACUGGAACAGAAGUCCAAAGCAUUAUCUGAGAGAAUGAGCUGCACAGAAAAUCAACUUGAAAAAAGCCCAUGCAGAGAUAAAGGAGAAGAUGGAAGAGCUCGCAAGACAGCAACAAGCAGUAGAGAUGGCCGAGCAGCAGCACCAGCAGGAAAAACAAACUAUGGUAGAUGACCACCUGGUGCUGCAGAACCAGUUGGGCACAUUACAAGCCACAGUGGAGGAGCUAAAACGCGCCUUAGAAGCAGUUGUUGGUGAGAAAGAAUCCCAGUCACACACAUUUAUAAGUGAAAGCAAAGAACUAAUAGAGGACAGGGACAGAAUGAAAGGAGAGCUGGAGAAUGCACUCACCACCAUCGCCCAGCAAUCGUCCGAACUUCAAAUCCUCCAAAACACUUGGGCUGAAACUCAACAGCAACUCAGUGAAGAAAAGGAACAACUAAAAGUGGAGCUUGAAAAAGCACAGUCACAUUGUGUAGAGUUGCAGGCUGAAAUGGAAAGUCAUAAGCUGCACAUGGAAUCACUACAGCAGGAAAAAGAAAGCACCUUCAUGGUCGUAGAACAAUUAAACGAUGAAGUUGCCAUGCUGGAUGCUCAGCUAAAGGAAGCUAGGAAAGGAAAUGAGGUUCUUCUUCAAAAGAUACCUGGUUUGCAGGAUAAAUCCUCUGAACAGAUUGGGGUUAUUGGGAAGGAGGAGGUCCAGUCUCUUAAGAUAUCCCCUGAAGAACAUGAGAUGAGUCUCAAGGAAAGAGAUGAUGCCCUGUUGAUUUCUCAGGCUCUGGCCACAGAAAAGGAAGAGCUUAUUGCUGCCUUGGAACAGCAACUGCAGCGGCAGAUUCACAUUCACGAAGUUGCCAUGGAAAAGAUGAGGACUGAAGUUGAUGAGCUUCAGCAGAGGUCUCGAGAAGAUGCCAGCCAUGCAAAGGAUCAGGACAACCAAACCAAAACAGCACUUCUCACCAGGAAGCUUCAAGCAGCCUUAGUUUCCAGGAAAGAAAUCUUGAAAGAGAAUGGCUCUCUGAAGGAACACAUGCAGAUACUCUCAGCUAAAAAUGAAGAAAUUGGGACUUCAUCCAUUGUACUGGAAAUGUCUGUUGCCAAGUUGAAACAACAAAAAGAGGAUCUGGAGAGUUCUGUAUCAUCCCUGAGCAAGGAGAAAGAGAAGCUCAUUGCUGAGAAUGAUCGCAUCAUCAAUGAUAAUCACAAUUUAUCUGCAGCCUGUGAAAGCCUCAAACUCACUAUAGAAAAUAUCACCCAACAGAAACAGGCAUUUUCGUGUCAGCUUGAGUCCCUGAAAGACUCGCAGACUGAUGAGUUGUCGGAGUGGAAAUCUAAGCACACAGAGCUGAAACAGGAGUAUGAGUCCCUUUUACAAGCUUACGAGAAUGUCAGUAGCGAAAUGGACAAGAUGAGACAACUAUUGGAGGGGGCAAGAAGAGAGAGGCAGGAAGCACUCUUUAAAGCACACAAAUCUGAAUCUGAGAGGGAGAAUCUGGAGAAGCAAGUUGGGGAGAUGGAGGAUGAAAAUGAAAGAAUUAAAGAGAAGAUGAGAAAGUUUACUAAGGCAAAGCAGCAGAAAAUGGAAGAGCUGGAGGAGGAGAAUAAAAGAAUCAGAAUAGACUUGCUUGAGUUUGAUGAUAAGCAGAAAGCCACAGUUGAAGAGUUGACUAUUAAAAACAACCAUUUGGAAGCAGAGAUCCACAGUCUUGUAGAUUCCUCAGAAGCGCUCAGGUGGAAUUUAACAGAGAUGCAGCUCAACAAUGUCAGUCUGGCAGAGGAACUCAAAGAAGCAAGCUCUUCGUUAGAAAAGUGGCACACCGAAUCAAAAGCAUGUGAGCAAAACAUGCAGCUUAGACUAGAUGAUGCACUCGUUUUGAAUAAUUCACUGACUGCCCAGAUUGAGUCACAGAAGACAGAACUUGUUGCCCAACAGGAAAUCAAUGAAUUGAUGCAAAAGGAGAAAGAAACUCUCUCUGAAAGAAUUAAACAAAUGCAGAAUGAGCAUGAAGCGGAAUUGGGAGAAAAAGACGAUGCCAUCUCAGAGCUCCAAGAAAUGAUCAGCAGACACAGCCAAGAGACCAUCAGCCUAAAUGAGAAGGUCAAGAUCUUGGAGGACGACAAGUCUAUAUUACAAGAGGAGCUUGAAAAUGUCCAAGAGAUCUCGGACAAAGUAAAAAAUGAGAAUGAGUAUUUGGAGAUGGUGAUCCUCAAAAACUCUGAAAGAAUUGAUGAACUGACAGAGGCGGUCAAUGUUCUCCAAGCCCAGAACACACAGCUCUCCUCUCAAUUGACUGCAAGCAAAGAGAAGGCGACUCAGGUUUGCCAGGAGGAGGAGGAACAACAGCUGAGGUUAGUCAAGGAGUUUGAGGAGAAACUCAAAAUGUUCCAAAGAGGCAACGAGGGCUCCAAAAAUAUAAAGAAGGAGCUACAGGAACUGCUGAAAGAAAAGCAUCAUGAAAUCAAUCAGUUGCAAAAUGACUCCAUCAAAUACCAGGAGCUGAUUUUAGACCUAGAAAGGUCUCUGAAGGCUUCAGAGUCAGCGCAUGAACAGGUGGAGAAAGAGCUGAAGGAAACGACCAAGAGAAUAUCUUGUCUAGAAGAAGAGAGGAGGCAUCUUGAAGCUGAGCUUACCACACACAAGAACCUUCUCAAUGAGGCAAAGAAAGAUUUGACAAACAUUAGCUCUGAAAAAGACAAAUUGGUUGAGUUAGUAUCAGAAAAGAACAAUCAAUCAGAAUGUCAGGUCAUGGAGAGAACUAAAGCACUACAACAUGUAGCUGAGCAGCAAAAGAGUAUUUACAUGGAGAGGGAGGUCAUUUUACAGCAACAUAUAGAGGAACUUCUGGGUUCCAAGGAGAAGGAGAAUCAGGUAGUGUUAGAAUUGAAGAGGAAAAUAGAUUCUCAAGAUUUACAAAUGAAUACUCUGAAGAGAGAGGCUGACACAAAUUUGGCUAAGUUAGCAGCCCUAUCCUCCAGUCCUCAGGGUGCCGAUGCUGUGAAACAGUGGAAUGAUAUGUUCCUAAAUACCUUGCAUGAGAAGGACAGCCAGCUUCUAGAACAGGGCUUUGUCAUAACGAGAUUCCUUGAAGACAUUCGAGUGAAAGAGAAGGAGGUGACUGAACUGCAGGUAACCAAGUCGAGGCUCGAGAGGGCACUUGGUGAUUACACAGUAGCUGCCACAGCUCAGCAGAGGCAGUUGUUUAUAAUGGGUGCCAGCAAUAGAGAGCUUAACGAAACCGUGGAGCUCCUGAAUCAACAGUUGCAGGAACUGAGUGAGCAGGUUGAGAGAUUAGAACAGGAUAAGAGUGCACUGAACAGACAUCUCACUGGCAGUGUAGAUUCCACAUCUAAAAUGGAGUUCGAUCUCCAGCAGCUGGAAAAUACACUUUUAGACACAGAGUCCCAGCUACUCCUCUCGCAGUCUCACAGUGACAUGCUUCAGGUUGAUUUUGAGAAACAGAAGGCCAUUUCACUGCACCUGAAGUCACUCCUGCAGAACAAAGAUGCAGAAAUCUCCUCUCUGCUGUCCUCCAGAGAUGGACAGAUGUCAGGGUAUCUAGAACAGCUGCAAGCCAAUCACCGUGCCCAGGUUGAAGGCUACGAGGACAGACUAACUGCCUUGUACUAUGAAAGGGAGAAAGCUGACAAGGAGUUCAGAAGGCUGGAGAGCAAAGUCAAAACCCUUCAGAUGAAAGUUGACAAGUCCAUUCAGGAAAAGGAACAAAUGGCUGCUCAGAUGGAAACAUUCAGGAACUCCAUGGUCUCCUUGCAGACAGAGCGAGAGCGUUUGAUGUCAGAAUAUAGGAUGUCUGAGGCAAGGAAUCAGACUGGAAUGCAAGGCAAGGAGGGCUCAGCUGAAGGAGACCUCAAUGCAACCAAGGGCCUUAAACACGAGAUUAGGACUCUCCUUCAUCAGAUGGAUGAUCUGAACUCGGAGAAUGCCAUGCUCAGGGCGCAGCUGAUCAGAUAUAGAGAGGACUUGAAUCAGGUCUUGUCCUUGAAGGACAGCCAGUUGAAAGAGUUGCUCAAGAAGCAGCAAGACGCAAUCAAAAACCUGGAAAACCAAAAAGCCACAGCUGAAAAGCAGAACCGGAAGACCCUUCUGGAACUCGAGAGGGAGGGAGAGGCAAGCGAUGCCUUAAAAGCUGAGAAUUCCAAACUUAAAACUCGGGUCACUGAUCUGGAAGCUAACAUAUUGGCCCUGAAUAAGGGAAUGCAAGAAACUGAUAAAGGCAAAGUGAUUGCCGACUUGCAGCAGGCCGUGGCAGCCAAAGCUUUGGAAUGUAACGACCUCCAGCAAAAACUGUUUGCUCAGAAAGUGGCAGCGGACGACUGGAAAGGCAGCCUGCAGCUCCUGGAGCGCGAGACUGAGAAGAAACUGGGAGAGGCAGAGGACAAGUACAACAGCGAACUGGAUGCCUUUGAACAAGAAGUCGAACUGAUGAGAAAUGAGAGUAAGACUGCCGACCAGAGGGUGGCUGAGGUGGCCAGGGACCUGAUACAAACAGAGCAGCUGCUGACCAAUGCCAGAGUCCAAAGCACGGACCUGAAGUCUCAGAACGAGUCUCUGGGUAAAGCCAUGGCCGCCUUGCAGAACGACCGCGACCUGCUCAUCGAGGACUUCAAGAUCCUCCGGAACCGAUACGAUGAGGAGCUCCGAGAGACCCAGGGGGCCAUGAACAAGGUGGAGAGACGUCUAGGGGACGCCACCUCAGAGCUGGCCACCUUGACCAAAGAGAGACACAUCCUGGUACAGAAACUCUCUGCUCUAGAGAGCAAAGAUGCUCCCUCCCAGCUCACUUCACUGGUAGACGAGCUGUCCGUGGCCUUGUCAGAGAAGGAAGGGCAGCUCCAACGGGUUUCCCUGGAAAAUGACACGUAUAGCAGUAAGGUGUUGGCCUUCUCCAGGUCCAUGGCCAGCCUCCAAGAUGACCGAGACCGGCUGAUGGAGGAGCUGGCUGAGGCAAAGAGGACAUUCGAGUCCAGGCAAGGAUUAGGUCCAGAGGCAGUAGACAUCGCGAACACGGGGGAGUCAAAUAGCCAUAGAAGCAGUGGUAUUCAGGCCCUUCAGACUGGGAGAGAUGGGCUGGUAAGUCACCAGCUGUGACUCAAAGCUUGUUGUUUGGAUGUCAUUUGUUUUUGUUUUGAUUUAGGCUUCUUUCGCUUGGCUGUGUGUGAGGACCAGACAAAAAGCUAAUCUACCUGUCAUGGCUUUGGUGUGUGCAAGCAUGACAAUUUGGUUGUGUCGCAGGAAUGCAGUUCUUAGUUAAGCGUUUAAAUGUGCGUUGUUGUUGUUGUUGUUGUUUUUGUCUCUCUAAUGGUUUGUUUUGUCUAUUGAAGGAGACGAGACAGAGGGUGGAUGAGCUGCAGAGCGCCUUGCAGCAGGCUCAGGCCUUCAAACUGCAGACUGAAACAGAAGUCAGCGGGUACCAGGCAGAGCUGGCUGAACUGAGGUAAGAUCCUAACUGCAACUAGAAAGAUUUGAGUUGGCCAUUCAAUUGUAUUACUUCUGCCAAUUGGGUUACAUUUGUACAUUGGUGAGGUGAAUGCUGUAAAUCGAAAGCACUCGAUGUGUUCUGAAAGAUGAGACGUCGAGGAUUAUAAUGAAUAUGUCUUUGAUGUCAUACAAGCAAACCACAAACACGGGAGUCCAAAUGUGCACUUCACAUUUAGAAAUGCACAUUAUGGACAUGUAUGAUCUCUAUGUUUAUGUAGAAUUACCAGGAUGACAUGGCAUCAUACCCUGGGUUGUUCUAAGCAGAAUGUUUGCUUUAUUGUGAAGAAAAUUAGCCGUGGAACACGCACCUGAAAGCACUCACGACUCCAUUCUUUGCUCACCAAAAUGUCUGUGUUUCUCUGAAGUGCCUUGGGAAAUCCUAACGCUGGUAUAAUCGUAUUUUAGAACUUGGCUAGUCAUGUUGGCAACAGAAUGAUCAUGCCCACCUGCCCUAGAUUGCGAUUUGUAAUGGACAGUAAUUUUGUAAUGGUGGGGAUGCAGGGCUGUGUUCCAAACCAAAAACGACCACUGUGCUUGCUUCACUUCCUCAAUUGCACAGCUUGAAGGCUCUUUCUUUGAGUGAUACGUGUAUUGAAAUCACUUAGGAACUGUGCACACUUUGGAGAGGUGUGUGGCCUCUUGGAGACAUCAGUCAGACCUCUCACUCAAACCCUUGUAUGUUUUUGUCUGAUGUGGUAACUACCCCAAAUUCUGCGUGAAUAUUCUUAUCAUGUUACUGAAUGUUUACCGAGUAUUUCCAGAUGUCGUUAUCAACAAAUGCUGAGAAAAGUACAGUAAAUGUAAAAUGCACAUAAAAUCAACAGGUUUAUGUUUGGAUUGGGUCUUGUCAGGUGAAAUGUUGUCUCCUCACCUUUGUUCUGAUAAUUUCCCCAUAAUCUCCAAGGUGUUCCCUUUGAACUGCUACCAUGAUUAUACAUAGGCCCAUGCUUCUCAUAUUGAUAUCUGUUAGAAAAUUGACUAUAUGGGCCAAUUCCCCUGAGUGUAAAUGGUAAACGGAUGCCCCUCUUCACAUUUCACAAAAAAAAUAGCUAAUUACAUAAUUGCUAUGCAACAGAUGGCAUCUAGUUACCACAGUGGAAACUGUGUUGCUCCACCAGAAUAAGUCUUUAACUCACCAGCAGGUGACAGCCCAUCUAUCUGUCCUCAUUGUGUCCCAUCAGGUUGUCUCCCCACCCACACAGAGCCCUGCCAGGGCCCACUCGCUCACAUGCCCUGGCAGGUCCCCAUGGUCAAGCACUAAAUGAGUUGUCUCGUGAUGACAAUCCCCUUCAGCUGCCAGAUCUCCUGCCAACCCCAUCUCCAAUACAAACCAGGGCUCAAUUCCAUUUUAAUACGCCUCUUAUAUUGACUGCAUUUGAAAUGGAAUUGGAAUCGCCCCUGACCCACACCUCCAUGUGUCUUCAUUGUUUUGCCCGGUAGUGGUUCAAUGCUUACUGCAGCCAUACAAGUAGCUUGAUUGUCCGCUACUAAACAGAGACCACUGAAGAAACCACACUACCAACUGUGUCCACCAGUGGGUCACUCAAGUGUUGAGGCGAUGACCUCUGACCUCUGUUCUUCCCCAGGUCUGAGAGGAGCAGGCUGGAGGCUGAGUGCCAGCGUCUGGCUGGGGAGAGGAAGGAGACCAUGGCCCUGGUGGGGAAGGAUGUGUCUGAUGACCCGUCGCUGACCCAGCUCCAGGCAGAGAGAACUCAGCUGCAGAGUCACCUGCAGCGCUGUCUCUAUGAGAUCCAGCAGAGAGAUCUGCACUGCCAGCAGCUCAACGCCAAGGUAGUGAACACGCACACAGCUCAACAACCUGUGCUGAACACAGAAACUAACGCAAAGGUAUUGAAACAGUUUGCACCAAGUUCACCAUAUUCAACACAAAUCUUCUCUCCUCCCAUCCUCUCCUCUGUCCUCUCCCCAUCUCCCUAUCCCAGCUGCAGCAGGCGGUGGAGGAGAAAGGGGGUUUGUCGGCCCAGCUGAGGGCAGUGUCUCAGACACUGAGGGGCACCCAGAACCGCUGCUAUUGGCUGGAGAACCAGGCUUCGCCUAACCAGCACCACCAGGGCCUUGCACAGGUAGAAGUCGUGUGUGUGUGUCUGUCAGGUUUGUCUGGUGUCAGAAUGACUACAGUGUGUGUGUGUGUUUGUCUGGUAUCUGUGUCUGACUGUGUGUGUAUCCUUGUCUGCGUGUGUGUUGUCAUGAAUAAUAGCCUGGUGGUACUCUUUCUCAGUAGGUUACGAUAUGUUUGUUUGCUUGUGUAUAUAACGUUGGACACGUGCUCAUCCUACUGAAGUGAAUCAGCUCAAGUGUCCUGCUGUUUGCUCUCCCGUCCAGCAGGGGGCGGUGUCUGUAGAAGUGGCUCCGGGAGCUCCCCAGGAGAGAAGCAGUGCUGUGGUAGACAUGGAGGCACUGGAGGCCGGCGAGCUCAGGACCAGGUGACUCUCUCCGUCCCUUCGUCUCAGUCUCUCUCUCAAACUCUCUCUCUCUUGGUCUGUCUCGCUUUCUUUCUCUAUCUCUCUCUCUGUUACGUUCUCUCUUUCUUUCUCUCUCGCUCCCUGUGUCCGUGCAUGGUUAACCUGUUUCCAGAUGUGUUUGUGCUCUUGCCAACCAUUGCUGUCAGUGUCAAGCUAAACAGUCUGGCAGUCUUCAUAUAAUUUAUAUCAACAACCAAAUAGUGACCUCUCAUAAAUCCGGCUUCAUAGUGAACGUUGAGAAUGCUGUGAUGCCAGACUGUUUGGCUUGACAAGGAGUGUCAGAAUGACUACAUUGUGUGCGUGCGUGCGUGCGUGUGUGUGUGUGUGUGGUGUGUCUGUAUGUUCCAGGCUGGUGGAGGUGGAGCAGAGCGUGGUUCAGCUAAGUGAGAGUCUGGCUGAGGAGAGGACCAGGAGGGAAGCAGCUGAGGAAGCCCUGGGACUGGCCGAGGACAGAGCCAAGAGGUGA